AUGGGCUGCGUCUGCGGCCGCCCCUCCGCCUUCGACGACGGCCAGUGCCGCGCGACGCCUCCGCCGGCCGCGAAGCUCUCGGCGGCGGUGAGGAGGGAGGAGGAGGCGCGGAAGCAGCAGCUGCAGCUUCAGCAGCAUGCGAGGGCAGGGAACGGGAGGGAGGAGGCGCUGGAGAGGAGACGGGCGAUGAUGGCGAUGGCGGCGGCGUGCCAGGUGAGGAGCCCGGUGCCGAGGACGGUUGAGGCGGAGCAGGUGGCCGUGGGGUGGCCGCCGUGGCUCGUCGCCGUCGCCCCGGAGGCCGUGCGUGGAUGGGUGCCGCGCCGCGCCGAGUCGUUCGAGAAGCUCGACAAGAUUGGUCAUGGUACAUACAGUAAUGUUUACAGAGCUCGUGAUCUUGAAAAGCAGAAGAUUGUUGCUUUGAAGAAAGUGCGCUUUGAUAAUUUGGAACCUGAGAGCGUGAAAUUUAUGGCAAGGGAAAUUCUCAUUUUGCGUCGACUUGAUCAUCCAAAUGUUAUCAAGCUAGAGGGUCUAGUAACGUCAAGGAUGUCCUGCAGCUUAUAUCUUGUUUUUGAGUACAUGGAGCAUGAUCUAGCUGGACUAGCUUCUUUCGCUGGAGUAAAAUUUACCGAGUCUCAGGUAAAGUGUUACAUGCAACAGCUCCUCCGUGGUCUUGAGCAUUGCCACAGUCGUCACAUUCUGCACCGUGACAUUAAGGGUUCAAAUCUCUUGAUUGAUAACCGAGGCAUAUUGAAGAUAGCAGAUUUUGGAUUAGCAAGCUUCUUUGAUCCUGAACAACGGCAUCCUUUGACUAGUCGUGUUGUCACGCUAUGGUAUAGGCCACCAGAGCUCUUGCUUGGUGCCACCAAUUAUGGUGUUUCUGUAGACCUCUGGAGUGCUGGCUGCAUUCUUGCCGAGCUAUAUGCUGGCAAGCCUAUCAUGCCUGGUAGAACAGAGGUUGAGCAGUUGCAUAAAAUAUUUAAACUCUGUGGUUCACCGUCAGAGGAUUAUUGGAGGAAAUCUAAGCUUCCCCAUGCCACCAUUUUCAAACCACAACACCCGUAUGCAAGGCGUGUACCAGAAACAUUUAAAGAGUUCCCUGCUCCUGCUCUGGCAUUAGUAGAUGUUCUCCUCUCAGUAGACCCAGCAGAUCGUGGAACUGCAUCUUCUGCAUUGCAAAGUGAGUUUUUUACAACAAAGCCAUAUGCUUGCAAUCCUUCAAGCUUGCCUAGGUAUCCCCCAAGCAAAGAGUUUGAUGCAAAACGUCGGGAGGAGGAAGCUCGAAGGCAAGGUGUUUCUGGAGGAAAGCAACAUAAACAUGACCCCGAAAGGAGAACUAGAGAAUCAAGAGCAGUCCCUGCCCCUGAUGCAAAUGCAGAAUUAGUGUCAUCAUUGCAGAAAAGGCAGGCCCAAGCUAAUACCAGGAGCAGGAGUGAGAUGUUCAAUCCCUGCAAAGAAGACUCCGCGUCUGGAUUCCGAAUAGAACCACCCCGGCCAACUCCUGUUACUGAGUCUUCUGAAGACCCACAACGUGCCUACCCAACCAGGAUCUUCCAUUCUGGUCCUUUAGUUAAUCAGAGCCAGUCAUCAAAGGCUGUAGGUGGCAAAAAUGGUGAACUUCAGGUCCCUGGUGUUGCGAAUCACCCUGUGGUUGUGUCAACAAGAUCAGGUCUCCGAACGGACGAUAGCAGCAGGACAAUGGUUGCUCAAGCUGAAGCAUUUGCUCAUGGGCGGAGGCUGUCGGAGUCCAUCAACGAGCAUUUCAGUAACAGUGGGAAGUACGAUCAAGUGUUCCUGAAGAAGGAUGACAGGAACAUCAGGGUUGAUGGAGCUAUUGGCUACGGAUCGAAAGGCAACAAGAUCCACCAUUCUGGGCCCCUGACCUGCCCUUCAGGCAACGUCGACGAGAUGCUGAAGGAGAACGACCGGCAAAUCCAAGAAGUCUUCCGGCGAACCCGGGUGGAGAAGUCGAGAGCGAGGAGGGACCAUGGACAUCACCAGGGCGGCAUAAGACCCGGCGAUUUCGGCGCCAUCCCUGUCUUCCCUUCCAGCCGCUCCAGCUAUCAGGCCAUGCAGCAGUGA